UUCACUUCAACAGACAGUCUGACAGACACAAUACCUUUUCAAUCAUUCUGAGCCAUAUUCUUGAUAUCAUUACAAUCCUUGCAUCGUACGAAUAAAUCCAGAAGAAUACUACAAUGGGCCUCUGCAUGUCCCUCAUGGGCCGCAACCGGCGGAGAUACCCCAGUAUGGGCAUGGGCGGUGGCUACGGCUACCCUCCCCCGCGCCCGCACUACGGUGGUGGAGGGGGCAUGCCGAUGCAUUCCUACGGACGACCCCACGGUCCUCCUGGCGGUGGCUUUGGUGGUCGAAGAGGGGGUGGCUUUGGACCGCCUGGUGGGAGGGGGGGAUUUGGUGGGGGAGGAAGAGGGAGAUGGUAGUUUUUGAAGAUAAGGGCUGGAAUGGUGUUGAGAGAUACGAGGAUAUAUGAACGGGGCUUUCUGGCGGGCGCAAUUUGGAGUUUGGAGUCAGCUGUUUGGAUUUCGGAUAUUAUGGACGUGUCGAAGCUGCAUAGACAUGCUUCGUGUGAAAGAGAAGAAAGCAG